AUGAGGCAAGAAAACCAAUCCUCUACCCUGGAUUUCAUCCUCCUGGGAGUUACCAGCCAGCAGAAACAGGAAGAAUUCUUCUUCAUCCUCUUCUUAUUCGUUUACCCCAUCACGUUGAUUGGUAACCUGCUCAUCAUCUUGGCUAUUCACUCUGACGUUAGCCUUCAUAACCCCAUGUAUUUUCUCCUUGCCAACCUCUCCUUUGUUGAUAUCUUCUUCUCCUCUGUAACAAUCCCUAAGACACUGGUGAACUACCUCUUGCACAGCAAAGCCAUCUCCUUUGGGGGAUGCCUAACACAGAUGUAUUUCAUGAUUGCCUUGGGUAACACAGAUAGCUAUAUCUUGGCAGCAAUGGCAUAUGAUCGUGCUGUGGCCAUCAGCCACCCGCUCCAUUACACAACAAUUAUGAGCCUACGGUCUUGUGUCCUGUUAGUUUUUGGGUCUUGGGUGGUUGGAAGUGCUAAUGCCCUCCCUCACACUCUGCUCGCAGCUAAGUUGUCCUUCUGUGGAAACCAGAAAGUGGCCAACUUCUACUGUGACAUUGUCCCUUUGCUCAAGCUGUCCUGUUCUGACAUCCAAUUUAAUGUGAAGAUGAUGUACCUAGGGGUUGGUGUGUUUUCUGUGCCAUUACUGUGCAUCACCAUCUCCUAUGUUUGGGUCUUUUCCACAGUCUUACAGUUUCCAUCCACCAAAGGUGUGCGUAAAGCCUUCUCCACCUGUGGUUCCCACCUCACAGUUGUUUCUUUGUAUUAUGGGACAGUCAUGGGCAUGUAUUUCCGCCCUCUGACUAGUUACAGCCUAAAGGAUGCAGUGAUAACUGUGAUGUACAUCGCAGUGACCCCAACGUUAAAUCCUUUCAUCUAUAGUCUGAGAAAUCAGGACAUGAAGGUUGCCCUGGGGAAACUCUUCAGCAGGAGAAUCUCCUCAUAA